UGUUAACAAUGCGUUACAUUUCGUACAUUAUUUGCCUGAUUAUUGUGUUUAUUUGCUGGCUAAGCAAUGCUGAUGCUCGUAAAAUUCAAGAGGAAAAUAUCAUAAAAACAGCUUUCGUAUCUGGCAUGAAACGCCUCAAACGUGCAAUUUUCUCCGUCGAUCGAUAUCUCACUGACACACUUCCCGGAUUGCAGCAACAAGAACAAGAAGAAGAGAUUCCCGAUCAAGAGGAGUAUCCGCCAAUGAAGAAAUUCAAACGUGCCGGAGUUCGUAAAACAGGACGUCGAGGCUCGUUAUUGCCCAUGGUUGUUCAACGAAAGAAUCCUUUGGGCAAAAAAGCUCCGCCGAAAAAGGUUUUGCAAAAGUUGAAUGCUGUUGCUUCGGCUCCCGCAACAUUCAACUUACCCGUUAAACGUCCCGCAGCUGUUUCAAACAAAAAACCAUUAGCUACAGGUCCUCCGAAGAAAACGAGAUAAUAAUAUCGAACGCGCGUUCUAAAUAUGUAAUUAUUUAUCGAUAUUCAAAAUUAGAUUAGGCGACACGUGACGUUUACUAUGGCACUAUUUUUAUUUAAAUGAGCAGCAGAGACAAUA